GGACUAUAAAUACGGGCGCCACGGGGAUUCAGACACCACUUCCUUCUUGUGUCCAUCACCAUGCAUUUAGCAGUCCUCGCCGUACUGGCCACUGUGGCCACUGCUGCCCCACAAGGGUACUCCGCCCCUGCGGCUCCUAGUCGUUACGAUGACUCUCGCGAGGUUGUGCCUAUUCUGAAGGACGAUCGUGUCCACGAAGACGACGGAAGAUAUAACCUUGACGUUGAAACUGGCAACGGCAUCAGCCUGUCCCAGUCUGGCGCUCCAAGCGGUCCUGAGGGUGCUGUGGUCAAGGCAGGACAAUACUCAUACACAGCACCUGACGGCAGUCACAUUCAGGUGAAGUUCGUUGCCGACGAGAACGGCUACCAGCCCCAGUCUGACGUGUUACCAGUGGCUCCUGUAUUCCCCCACCCAAUUCCUGAGUUUGUUUUGGAACAGAUCGCCUUUGCUGCUGAGGAAGACGCUGCCCGGGCCCGCUCUAGUCCCUCUGGCAGCUAUAGUGCUCCACAGUAAUUGUUUUCGACAAAAGUGCUUGCGGCCUCACAUUCUCGCCAUAAUCUGUCAUACUCAUUAAUAUUUUUUUGUGCGGUUAUUCCUGCGAAUAUAUGCAAAUAUUAUGUAUUUAUUAUAUUGUGUUUGUCAUUAAGUAUUAAAUAAUACAUUAAAAUAA